CCCGCAGCGCGGCCGGCCUCCUUAUGACAGUGAGACAACCACUCACAUGGCAGCGAUCUGCUGCGCAUGCGCCGCACCCCAACUGUGCGUCUACCAAUCGGAGCAUGCCGUUCAUGGCUUCAGCUGUCAGCGUGGAGAAGCUGCCCAAUGGGCGUUGGCGGCGAGUGCGGGCUCGGGAGGAGUAAUCGCUCAGCGCCAUCAUUCUGCGAAGAGUUUGCUGCUCUCCCGGAGCCAGGUCAGAUAUGAGUGGAACAAUGAUGGCAAAGUGGGAUACUGGUCACUCGAAUGCAAUAUUGAGCUUGGCUAUCAGCAAAGACAAGGUUGUUGCCUCUGGGGCUGAAGGUGGGGAACUUACUGUCUGGAGUGAGCAAGGACAUCCGUUAGGCAAAUUACACAUGAAUGGUGGCGAUGAUGUAACUGGUGUUGUGUUUUCCCCAAUUUCCUCCACUAAGCUUUAUGCUUCUCAUGGCGAGAUUAUAAGUGUGCUGGACACUAGAGUAUUUAAAGAACCGGUGGAGAAUUUCAGUGUCAACAAGGAAGAGAUUAACUGCAUUUCUGUCAAUGAAACGGACAGCCUUCUAGCUGCUGCUGAUGACUCUGGUGCAGUGAAAGUCUUGGAUCUCGAUAGUAAGAAAGUCUGCAGAACAUUACAGAGGCACACUAAUAUCUGCUCCGCAAUUGCAUUUAGGUCCCACCGGCCACAAAGUCUUAUUUCGUGUGGUCUUGACAUGCAGGUGAUGCUCUGGAACGUGCAGAAAAUAAGACCAUUAUGGCUGACAAAUCUGCAACACUUGGCUCAGGAUGAAGAAGAUAUGGAUUACCAUCAAUCUCCAGGUCAACUCUUCAAUCCACCACUGGCUCAUUCACUUUCUGUGUCUGCCUGUGGAAAUGUGUUUUGCUGUGGCGCUGAAGAUGGCAAAAUCCGAUAUUUUCGAAUAACUGGAACACGUUUUGAGGAAGAGUUAUGUUUUAAAGCUCAUAGUCAAGGAGUCUCUCAAGUUUCUUUUCUCGGACAGGAUCCCGGGCACACCUUGUUAUUAUCAGGAGGCAAUGAUGGUAAAGUAUGUCUGUGGGAUAUUGGCAAUGACACUGCACAACAUCAGAGACAGCAAAAACAUCACCGUUCCAAGAAAUCCACAUCCAGUGUCAAAUUCAGACAAAUUGCAGAGGCUGCACCAAGGGUCAGCUCAAAGCUGUGCGUUGAACAUGGAGAAAAGGUGAACUGGAUACUAGGAGCGGAGUUACAGGGAGCAAAGGCGCUUCUGGUAGCAGAUCCAAGCAGUUCCAUAUCAGUGUAUCAACUAGGCGAGUUGUAGGUUGCAGUGAAAUACCAUUUAAAGUGCUUUUAAUUAACAUUUCAUGCCAGGUUGAUAUUCAGUGCCUUAUUACAGAGACUGAUAUUUAAAGUUGGAAUGGAACAAAGCUUAAGGGAAUUGUAAUUGUGCUGUCAAGUUGCUGAAAUACAAAGCAGCAAGUAGAGUAUCUGCCAUUUUGCACUGGUCACAGCACUGUACGGAAUUAGGUACAUUGAGAAACAUACCCCGCAUUAAGAAAGUGCACUUUCAAGACAAAAACGUUAAAGAAAUUUUACGUAUUUUAUUUGAAAUGUAAAUAUACUUAGACAUGUUAUAAAGCAGAGUUUCGAAACUCCAUUCCUCAUGGACCUCUAAUUGUGCAUAUUUUACACAUCUCUGUAUCACAAGUACAAUAAUUUGCACCAAAUGUAGUAGAUCUUUUAAAAUGUGCCAGCCAGCCACAUGUGUGCACCAACUAGGAGAUCUGGAAAACAUGCACCGUUCCUGAGGACUAGAGUUGGGAAACACUGUUAGAGGAUUUGCAUAUAUUGAGCGUCUUGGGUGUGCAGCAGGUAUGCUCCCAGAUUUAAUAAACUUGCUGUGAAAUUAU